AUGGCGUGUUCCACGCUUCAGGGUAUCAUCACAUUAGUGAUGGUGCUCGUCUUCUCCUCUUUAGCCCCGUUAGCCUCAGCGCUGCCUACCCUUCGUGUCAUGCCUCUCGGAGAUUCCAUCACAAAGGGAAAUGGCUCAAAAGAUCAAAAGGGAUACCGCAACCGCCUACGUGAGAAGCUCACAGGUCGAGGGGCCUCAGUCGACAUGAUUGGUAGUCUGAAGCAUCCUUCCACUGGAAUGGCAGACAACGACCAUGAGGGCCACAGUGGGCGUGUUCUUGCACAAAUCAAUGAGUACUGGAGGCGCUCUAUCGCGGCACGUCCAAAUGUGAUUCUUGUCCAUGCGGGAACCAACAACAUGGAUCUUGAAGAAGAUCUCGAAGGUUCCCCCGCCAUGCUAGCAACCAUCAUUGACGGCCUCCUUGCCAAUGCUCCUGAUGCUACUGUUCUUAUUGCCCCAGUCAUCUGGGCUAAUAAACCAAAAAUGCAGCAGAAUACCGAUCGGUUUAACCCCAAGGUCAUUUCUAUCAUUGAAGAGAGACAAAAGGAUGGCAAACAUGUUCUUGAAGUCCCCAUAGAUAUCACUGUGGCGGACCUCUGGGACGAGAAACAUCCAAACGACAGUGGCUAUGAGAAGAUGGCCAACGCUUGGUUGAAGGGUAUCCUAGAAGCCGACAAUCGAGGUUGGCUCAAGGAUCCAGUCGCCCGGGAUGCUAAAGGAACACCAGGUGUAGGUCUAGGCAUCGGCGGAGGUAGCGGCGGUACUGGGGAGGAGAUCGAAGGUCAGAUCUGGGAGAAACAGGGCACUGUUUUCGAAGGAUUUCGCACAUGGGAACCUAUGGGUACCAUACGUGGAUCCGUUGAGAAUGGCAGCCGCGAAAAGCUGAUUCUUGCGGAUCUCAAUGGCGACGGCAUCACAGACUAUAUCUUGGCUGACAGCGAUGGUACGCUGCGAGCUUGGAUUAAUCGAGGCAAGCCUAACGAGUGGACCAGCAUCGGAAAGAUCAACCCGGACUGGAAAUCUGUUAAGGGAUAUAUGAUCCGUCUUGCCGAUGUGGACAAUGACGGUCUGGCUGACUUGAUUGUUCUAUAUCAAGAGGGCGCUGCUAAGGUCUGGAGGAAUGUCGAUAACGGAAAGAAGUUUGAGUCCUUCGAUUCCAAGUGGGCGACUGGCCUCGAAUCAAGAGACAAGGUCUACUUUGAAGACAUUGACGGCGAUGGAUAUGCUGAUUAUGUCAUUAUAUUCGACGGCGGUGCUGUCAAGUGGGCACGAAAUACCCAUAAUAACGGCAAGGAUAGCAGCAAGAAGAACUGGGAGACUGAGGUAACCAUUGCUCCGGGUCCUGCUGGUAUACCUACGUUGUCAACAAGAAUACGAGACAUUGACGGAGAUAAAAAAGCCGACUAUCUGGUUGUCUAUGAUGGCGGAGCCGUCAAGGCUUUCCGUAACACCAUAAGUGAGGGUGAACGCAAUUGGGAAGACCUUGGCACCAUUGCACUUGGUACUUCCGGUGUCACGGGCGACAUGAUUCGCUUUGCGGAUAUGGACGGAGAUGGUCUCGCCGACUUCCUUGCCGUUGCCGACGAUGGAAGCAUUCGUAUGUGGAAGAACCUUGGCAUCACUGGCACCAAAGGGACGAGCAUACGUUUUGCAGAUUUAACCGGCAAUGGCUUUGAUGACCUUAUCUCAAUUGACACCAAGGGUCGAGCUCGUGCGUGGCUCAACAAGGGUGGUGAUAAGUGGCAGUCGAUUGGCCAGAUCGCACCGGGCCUUGACGAGGAUCUUUCAGACGCACGCAUUGAGUUUGUCGACGUUAAUGGAGACAAGCGCGCUGACUAUCUGGUCAUCUAUGGCGGCGGUUCCGUCAAAGCGUAUCUGAACCUAGGGAAUCUCCCAAACCCUGGUGACCGACGCAUCUGGCAAGAUGGUAUUGUCAUUGCGCCGGGCGUUGGCGAGCCUGGCAGCAAGGUCAGAUUUGCAGAUCUCGAUGGUGAUGGCUAUGCGGACUUCCUUAUACUCUACGAUGGUGGAGCUGUUAAGUAUUGGCAGAAUAAUAAGAAUAUCCCACCCAUAAACGGCGGCCGUAUUUGGAAGGAGGGUAUUACUGUGGCGACUGGCGUUGGCGAGCCUGGCAGUAAGAUUCGGUUUGCAGACCUCACGGGAGAUGGCAAGGCUGACUACAUUGUCCAAUACGAUGGCGGUGCAGCUCUUGGAUACCGAAACAAUGGUAGAAUUCCUACUGGGGAGGGACGUAAGUGGAACGACAUGGGCACGAUUGCUGCUGGCGUUAAUCCCCAGGGGCCUGUCUAUUAUGCUGAUAUUAAUGGCGACGGGAAGGAUGAUUACCUCGUUGUAUCAGAUGGGGGCGCCAUCAAUGCGUACAUCAACAUCAACAACUGGGUGCCCAAGCUACCUGAAGUACCUGAUCAGACAGGCGGUGGUGGAGGUGAUGGUGGUGGAGGUGAUGGUGGUGGCGGUGAGGGUGGUAGUGGUAGUGGAGGUGGAGGUGAAGGCAGCGGAGGAGGAGACGGAGGCGAUGGCGACAAUGGUAACGUUAUAUACAUCGACCCAGCCAUCUGGAGCUCCAGCAGACCGACCGCAGGCUGUCAGCCACCUUGUACCCUUGUCCUACCACCGUGGCCACUCUCCUUCAAGACAACCAUCAAUUUCCCAGUCCUGACCGAAACCAUUAGAGAAACAUGGCCAGAAACGACAGACGGUGUUAUCAAAUAUCGCACCACUACGAUUACUGUCCGCAUCACACUUCCGCCUCUUACCACUUCCAAGCUUGCGGUCUCCAACAUUGUCCUAACAGUACCAACCUCCAAGUCUGUUCCCGUUCGCGGCAGUGUCGUUCCUCCACCAAUUACUUUGACCGAGCCCACUCAUGGCAUCACCUACACAUACAAACCUGGUCCCUUUCCGACUGGAACUGGAGGCGAGAUUGGACCUCCGCCAGGAAUUGCUCCUGGCAUCAUCGUCACAGCUGGGCCCCCUGGUCCUAUCUGUAAGUCAGGGUGCGGCACCCUUUGUCUCUUUGGUUGCACACCAGUUGAAGGUGGCGGGGGAGGUGGUGGUGGAUCGAUUGGAUGCAUUGGUGGUGGAUGCCCUGUGCCAGGGGAAAAUUGUGUUGGUGCUGGCUGCAAGGAGAGCAACGAAGACGACGAUGAAGAUGAGGAAGAGGAGGAGGACUGCGCCACUGAGACCAACACUGAAUGCCAUCAGGUAUGCACAAAAAGACCCUGCACCACUAUCUGCAACACAUAUCGUGGCUGCGACUGCACAACCUCAAAGGUUACCGACUACUGGGUGUCAUGCAAGUCCUCCUCAUGUACUACCACCGCAACCGAGAUAAUCACUGGCUGCUUCCUCACCGCCACUACUACAACAACCGCUUCAUCUUGUCCCCUGAUCACUGUUGAUCCCUGGGGUGAGAUUCUGGACGACGAUGAUGACGGUAGUGGACGUGAGCACUUUGGUCAAGCCACCAAAACCACCUACCCUGCGAGUGUCGUUGUGUCGUCUGAGCGGUACCCUGUUAGAGAUGGAUAUGCGACCCUUGACAAGACAGCCUACUCAAUUCCCGACGUCAAAUCUCCCAAAAUCACCAAAUUUCAAGGAAUAUCGGCUACUAUAUUCCCUCCUUAUGUCGGCGCUACCAUCUCCGUCACACUGACAAAUGUCAAAAUCAUUACCACUUCCCAAGCCAAGGCCACAACCACCUUUGGUAAAUCGACCACAACUACCAAGACUUCAACAACUGUCACUAAAGCCAUAUCGUAUCCAACUAACACGCUUAUCAACGAAGGCGAAGCCUACUGUUUCACCGAUGACUCCGGCUAUGUCGAAUUCACGCGCAAAGAUGCUGAGAAGGCCAUUGGUAACUUCUGCGCUUCCAAAUACAAGCUCGACCCCGCCAAUUCCUUCGGCCACAACGUAGCCCUUGAACAGAGCGGCUACACAGUUAUUGUAUCAGCCAAAUGGGCACCUGAUCAGACCGGCUGUGGUGACAAAGAAGUAUUUGCCUUUGCCCCGGACAAGCCAAACUUCAACCUCUGCCUCGCUGGCUGGAGUGCUGGCUUCUAUUGCGAAGACCCAGAAGGGAGUUUUGAGUCUAGCUACGGAGGUGCAUAUGUCCUGGAUCCUCCUGAGACUGGCGGAUGUAUCCUCAUGAGCUUGUACGCAUAUGACACAUCCACUAUGAGACUCGCGGCACACCCUGAGGGGGUAGAAGGACCAUGGGCGCCGCCUAUGAUCAAUAAGACGCAUAUAGACGAUAAUCCCGUCUGGGUUCCAAGCGAAGAAGCUAAUGGUAUCAUAUUCUGGCCUGCUUCCGGAGGCUCAUGGCCAGUAGGAAGAUAA